AUGCAUCAUCUUUUUGCUGAGCUGGAGCCAUCUUUAACCGUCACAGAGCAAAACCUGGCAGACCGAGUUCGGUAUAUCUUGCGCUCAAAUAUAUUUGAUGUCGCCGAACUCGAACGGCUACGACGUGAGGCUGUUCCCUCGUCGGAUGAGAAUGCUACGGCUGAGGAUGCGGCGCCACAAAUGGUAGAGCAACCCGCAAACGUGGAUGCCGCCGUGAAUACCCCAGUUGUGGUUGAUUCAAACGAUGAUGGAACAGUCGCCCAGGAACUGGAAUUAGAGCAUAUGAGGAGUACAUUGGAAGAGGCGAUUGUGGAAACGCGCAACCGAGUUCGGUAUAUCUUGCGCUCAAAUAUAUUUGAUUUUACCGAACUCGAACGGCUACGACGUGAGGCUGUUCCUUCAUCGGAUGAAAAUGCUGCGGCGCCACAACUUGCAGAGCAACCGGAAAACGUGGAUGCCGCCGUGAAUAUCCCAGUUGGGGCUGAUUCAAACGAUGAUGGAACAGUAGCCCAGGAACUGGAACUGGAGCAAAUGAGGAGUACAUUGGAAAAGGCGAUUGUGAAAACGCGCAGUUUGCCUCUCGAAAAUCGACCGCGACUUCCCUGCAUAGCCCUAAGCAAGCGGAAUCGGGCUAUCGUGAGGGCUGUGAACCCAAUGCUGGUGACCUAUUUGGAAGCCAGCCGGGACCUUUGCGAUACGGACUAA